AAGUAUGUUUAGAGGUUAUUAUAAACAUGAUUGUAAUAAACACUGUAUAGGAUUAUAGAAUCUUGAAUUUUUCCUUGUAUUAAACAAGAAGAAUAUGAAGACAGCACGACAAAAAAAAGCAAGAAAAAAUUUGGGAUUUUUUAUCAAUAAUUUUAAAUUUAGACCACCGUUUCAAAUUCUUAUUGAUGGUACUUUUGCAUUUGCUGCGUUAGAGAGUAAAUUUAACAUACAGGAUCAGUUAGCAAAAUAUUUUCAAUCAGAAAUAAAGUUGUUAACUACACCAUGUAUCAUUUUGGAAACAGAAAAAUUAGGUUCGUUUUCGAAGGGAGUUAGUGCUGCAACACAAAUAGUUAAACAAUAUCCGAUACAUAAAUGUGGACACGAAAAACAGCCACUAAGUGGUAUGAAAUGUUUGCAGACGAUGGUUAAAAAAAAUAAUUCAUCUAGGUAUAUUAUAGCUACUCAAGAUAGAGAAUUACAAGAUAUUUUGAGGAAAGUUCCAGGUGUCCCAAUAUUAUAUUUACAUGGUAAAGCACCAACUUUGGAGGCACCUUCACAAGCAAACCGUGAAUAUGCAGAAAAAGUUCAUAAGAGUUUAGGAAUGAGUGUAUGGGAAAAAGAAAAUAUAAAAACAUUAAAAGAAGCAGCUGGCAUAGCAGAACAAACAGAAGUAAGAUUAAAAAAGAAAAAAAGGAAAGGUGGUCCAAAUCCACUCAGUUGUUUGAAGAAAAAAAAGAAACCACAAACGGAAGUUGCAAAAAAUAUUACAGAGAAAAAAUCUGGAAAAGUUAAAAAAAGAAAGAGAAUGAAAAUAGCAACACACAUCAAAGAGGCAUUAAUAUCUGAAAUGAAACCUAAGCAAGUAGAAAAAAAAUAAAAUAAUUAAUAUAUCUAUAUGUUUUGUAAAAAAGUUUGUAUAUAAACCAAGUAUUAAAAUUUUUGCAAAUAAAUCUUACUUUUAUUUAUGAUACAGUUGUCUGUUUUCAGUAGAUAAAAUUAAAGUAGUUAUAUUGUGAUUUACUUAUAUAAGCCUAUUUGUAUCUACUGGCAUAUGUGUUAAUGUUUUUUAUAUUUACGAAGUGUUCAUUAUAAAAUUGUUUACAAAAUUUUAUAACAUUUGAUUCUUUACAUAUUCCCUUACAUUAUGAAAAAUGGUAUCAAAUACAUUUAACAAGGUAAGAAAAAUACGUAAAUAGAAUCGCCGUUUUUAAGGAAGAUAUAUACUCUUUAAAUAUAUUACAUUUUUACUAUAGUAUCCAGUCAUAUAAUGAACACGUCGUAAAUUUGGAAUUAGGAACUUUAAAAUUUUCUGUCAAAAAAAAAAAAAAAAAAGAAACAUA